ACACACCUCUCCCAACAGCUCCCCCCAUCCAUCCAUCUCAUUCUAUCUGCUUUUUUAAAGCGUCCUUCUUAUCUACGGAACUUCCUUAGACUUAUUUAACUCUCGAUCGUUGUUUCCCUGAUUUUCCUGCCCGGUUGUCUCGCCGCCAACUCUCACCAUGCCUAGCGCCACUGGAGAGAACUGGGAGAAGUACAAGAAGACCUACGCGGAUGAGGAGGAGGAAGAGAAGAAGAUCGCACCUCUUACAGAUGAUGACAUCGCAGUACUCAAGACCUACGGCGCCGCUCCUUAUGCGAAUGCGUUGAAGAAGCUUGAAAAGCAGAUCAAUGAUAAGCAAGCAAGCGUGAACGAGAAGAUUGGUGUCAAGGAAUCCGACACCGGUCUCGCACCUCCACACCUUUGGGAUGUUGCCGCAGAUCGACAACGCAUGGCAGAGGAGCAACCACUUCAGGUGGCUCGCUGCACAAAGAUUAUCCAAGACGAGAAGGAUUCAGACAAGAGCAAAUAUGUGAUCAACGUCAAGCAGAUCGCUAAGUUCGUCGUCAACCUAGGGGAGCGAGUGAGUCCUACGGAUAUUGAGGAGGGUAUGAGAGUAGGUGUCGACCGCAACAAGUACCAGAUUAUGCUGCCCCUCCCUCCCAAGAUCGACCCCAGCGUGACGAUGAUGACCGUCGAAGACAAGCCCGAUGUUACAUAUGGUGAUGUUGGUGGAUGCAAAGAGCAGAUCGAAAAACUGCGAGAAGUCGUCGAGAUGCCGUUGCUGUCCCCGGAGCGCUUUGUCAACUUGGGUAUUGACCCGCCUAAGGGUGCUUUGCUGUACGGACCACCAGGUACUGGUAAAACACUCUGCGCCAGAGCGGUCGCCAACCGAACAGAUGCUACAUUCAUUCGUGUCAUCGGUAGUGAGUUGGUUCAGAAGUACGUUGGUGAGGGUGCCCGCAUGGUCCGAGAGCUUUUCGAGAUGGCCCGGACUAAGAAGGCAUGCAUUAUCUUCUUCGACGAAAUUGACGCGGUCGGUGGUGCUCGAUUUGACGACGGAGCUGGUGGCGAUAACGAAGUCCAGCGAACCAUGUUGGAACUGAUCACUCAGCUGGAUGGAUUCGACGCACGAGGAAACAUCAAGGUCAUGUUCGCAACCAACCGACCGUCGACUCUCGACCCUGCCCUGAUGCGCCCGGGGCGUAUCGACCGUAAGAUCGAGUUCUCGCUUCCUGACGUUGAGGGCCGUGCCAACAUUCUCCGUAUUCACGCCAAGAGCAUGUCCGUGGAGAGAGACAUUCGAUGGGAGUUGAUCUCUCGACUAUGCCCCAACGCAACUGGUGCUGAGCUGCGGAGUGUUGCAACAGAGGCCGGUAUGUUUGCCAUCCGCGCACGACGGAAGGUCGCGACCGAGAAGGACUUUUUGGCGGCCGUGGACAAGGUCAUCAAGGGCAACCUGAAGUUCAACUCGACAGCGACAUACAUGCAGUAUAAUUAGAGUGGUGCGGCUUCUUCUGCAUCUUGUGGUUACAUUGCAUGGCUGGAUGGAUGUAUGAUCAUAUUUAGCUUUACUGCAGUCUAUGAAUGGUUUUAAUAUGAUUCCCUGAAUACUCCUGG